GUUUCCUGCUCUGAGUACAUGUGUGCACAAAACAGAGAAGAGAAACUUCCUUGACUUUAGAGCUUAGUAUUCUGACAGUAUAGAGAAGGUGCUUUUUCAAAUGCCGUACACAUUUAUUUAAGAUAACCCAGGAGAUUUAACAGACGACCAUGAGCCGUGGAUCUAAAGCUAAAAUGGAGAGUGUCCAGAGCACUUUGCUGAGCCCACAGGAGAAUGAGAAGCUGGAGGAGCUGCUGGGCAGAAGGUGUGCUUCCGUGGCCACUACAGUGGCACAGUUGUUCAUGGCUCUGCCUCACAGUCCAUCCAUGUGGAGCUUGCAGCACACUGGAGUAGUCUGUUUCGUCAAAGACAACCCUCUCCGCUCUUACUUCUUACGGAUGUUUGAUUUAAAGGGAGGAAGGCAGGUUUGGGAGCAGGAGAUCUACAACCAAUUUGUCUACUCAUGCCCACGGCCGUACUUUCAUACCUUUGUUGCAGACGACUGUCAGGUUGGACUGAACUUUUCUGAUCAAUGGGAAGCAGAAGCCUUCCAACAUGCUGUCCAGGAAAAAAUCAACCAAAGGAACAACCGUCUAGACAAGAAACAGCGCCCCCUGCCUUCUAGUGACAGAGGUUCCUUACCUCCCCUUCCACCUGAUAGAGUGUCGCCUGGCAGCCCUGGAUCUUUUCAAAUGACCACAGUGGACAUCCAGAAUCCAGAUAUCCAGUCCUCACGCUACCGCUCGAUGCCUUCGCCUGCUUCUUCUUCGCUUCUGAGCAGCAAAGAAAAGAAGCACAAGAAAAGCAAGAAAAAAGGUCCCAAAAUCUCCAAAGCAGACAUAGGAGCACCCAGCGGGUUUAAACAUGUCACUCACGUUGGUUGGGAUCCCAACAAUCUUGACCCUGACCUGUGUAAGCUGCUCUCCCAAGCUGGGAUUGGAGAAGCUGAGAUGAGGGAUGAACAGACCUCUCAACUCAUCUAUAAUAUCAUCGAGCAGUCUGGUGGAAUGGAGGCGGUCAAACGGGAGGUGAACAAAGCUGGACCUCCACCACCUCCACCUGGCAGACAAGGGGCCCUGCCUCCUCUGCCUGGCUCUAGUCCCUCUGCCCCAACCCCACCACCUCCACGAGGCCGUUCUGGUCCCCUUCCUCCCAUACCAGGCCAGCCGCAGCGAGGUCCUCCACCUCCUCAGGCAGCUCCAGCACGUGGGGGCGUGCCACCCCCACCUCCUCCAACAAACAGAGGUGGUCCACCGCCGCCACCAGCACCUUCUCAUUUCUCUCCACCUCCAUCCUCAAGGCCCUCACCUUCACUAUCCUACAACCAACCUCCUCCCCUGCCACCAUCCAGCCAACAGCGUUCAAUAGGCGUCCCACCUCCUCCUGCCCCCUGUACUCCCAGCAGAGGAGGUGGUGGAGGAGCUCCUCCUCCACCUCCUCCUCCGCCCCCUCCACCUCCUCAAACCUCUAUUUCUUCAGAUUUUCCACCCCCUCCCUCAACACCUACCCCAGCGUCAGACGAAGGAGGAGACAGCAGGGGGGCUCUGCUGGAUCAGAUCCGACUGGGGAAGAAGCUCAGAAAUGUGACGGACAGCCCAGAUUCAGCUCCACCUACACCUACAUCAUCAGGUGAAGGCAUCGUUGGUGCUCUCAUGAUGGUCAUGCAGAAACGGAGUAAAGUCAUUCAUUCCUCUGGUGAAAGUGAAGAUGACGGUGGAGAUGAAGACGACGAUGAAGAUGAAUGGGACGACUGAUGUAGAGGUUCUUUCUGUGCGGUCUUUGAACUUAGUUCAACUGUGUAUUUUUGUUACAAAUCUCUAAAUUGCAGUAUCAUUACAUGGAUUUGUUACAUGUUCAGUGAUUGCAAACUGGCAAUGACACAAACUGUUUAGGUGAAUAAAUAAACAAGUAAUUCAAUACAAGACACUAAAGAACACAUCUUGGACAACUCUGAAAUGUUUAUAUAUUUGUUCAAACAUUCCCAGUGUAGGGUUGAUCAACACGACAGCACCGAGCACUGUGUUACUCACAGUGAAGGGGAAUGGUGGCUCCAACUGGAGAACAUCUUGUUCCUUGUGUUUCCAUUAAAAAAGAGCCAUUUUAAAAAUCUGUAAAUGCAGCAUACAACAAAAUACCAACAAUCAAUACUAAAUCUGAGCCAGUUUCAUUCCCAUAUUUAAAACAUACUGUACAUUAAAACACUGAUGGUCUUGAAUCAUUUUCUUAUACAUCGGUGCAACGAUCCCCAAUUCCCUCU